AUGUACAUUACGAACAAUGUGAGAUGGUUAUGGAUUGUAUCUUUACCGGUUGAAGUCAUAGUGUGUGGCCACAGUAAUAAUGCAACUAACAGCUUACAUCUCAGAGCUGAAGAGAAUCUAGUAACUGAUGAAAAGACUCAAACCGAGUCUUUUGGCACAGCGACAUUCAGCGACAAUUGCAAUAACAUCAGCAACACAGCACCACAGCAACACAAACAACAAUUCACCGGCAAUAAUGGCAAUCGCAAUGGCAAUGGCAAUGGCAAUGGCAAUGGUAACGUCAACGGCAACAACUGCAAUAGCAGCAACAGCGGCAAUAGCACCAACAGCAUUAACGGUAAGCAGAUGUAG